GUUUGCCGGAGGUGUCAGCUCGGUCUUCGGGUAUGAAGAACAAACACAACCAACAGGUGAAGGCAGCGGCUCCGGACCGACUCGACAUGUCGAGCUUCGAGGUGUCUCUCCAGCAGCUCAAUGAUCUGUUGACAGACGACAGCGGCUUCUACAGCUGGCCGACCAAACACUUCCACGAGGUUUACCCGAGGAUUUACGUCGGCAAUGCGUUUGUGGCGACGAACGUGAUGCGUCUGAAGCGUCUGGGCGUCACCCACAUCCUGAACGCAGCGGAGGGAAACUCCUUCAUGCACGUCAACACCAACAACGAGUUCUACGCUGGCACGGGCGUCAUCUACCACGGGAUACCAGCCAGCGACACCGACCACUUCGACAUCAGCGUUUACUUCGAAGAGGCGGCAGACUUCAUCGAGAAGGCGCUGGCAUACAAAAAUGGAAAAGGUAAAGUGUACGUUCAUUGCAGGGAAGGCUACAGCCGCUCGCCAACCUUAGUCAUAGCCUACCUGAUGCUUCGCCAGAACAUGGACGUCCACACCGCUCUGGCCAUGGUGCGGCAGAAAAGAGAAAUCGGACCCAACGACGGCUUCCUUCGGCAGCUCUGUCGGCUCAGCCAGAGGCUGGCUGCUGAGGGAAAGCUCUGGAACAAGUGAGGCACGCGGCGAGGCAGACGGAUUGUCUGUAAGAGAGAGCAAAUGUAUGGCUUAAUUGCACAUCACUUUGUUUCACUUGCUCGACAGCUUCAACAAGCCGCAGGUCUGUGAUUGUUCUGGAAGGGAGGGGAGUGGAAAAUGAAAAACGUUUUCUCUUAGACGAAGGUUGACAGCACUGACUGUAUGUAUAGUACAAAAUAAUACAUAGAGUGUUUUAAUCAGAGAGGCACACUGACUCAUUGUAAUGUGUAAAUCCAGGUACACUGCAUUCACUAGCUGUGUUUACAUAGUCUCACUUACAUUCUAAAUAUUAGAUUCAUCUUGUUUCAGGUCUAAAUGGCCUUUAAUAAUUAUAUUUUUUACAUUCUGUAUGGAUUGGUGUGUUUUUCUGCUGAUCACUUUUCAAGAGAAGAAUAAAGGGAAUGUUAAUGUGCAUUUAAAUACACUCAUUUAGGGGAAAAAAUAGUGUAACUAAUGUGAUACUGUCACCGCCUUUUCUCAUCCAGCGUCCUUUCCCUCCUCUUCCUCCCUCCUGGCAUUGUGCCCUUUGUCUUGGUCUCACUCCUGCAAACACUGCCAAAUCUCUCCGUCCCAGCCGUUUCCCAGAGGGGAUCUCAAGUGGACACUGUGAUUUUUCAUACCCGAUCAGAUGUUCAGGGUACCACAGGAUGAUAUUGAAAUAUUUUCUUGUCUAAUAUGUUUAGCAUGUUUUAGAAAAAAGCACAACCUUUGACCCAUAUUGCACUCGUAUCUAGAAACCUGCCUCAGAAAUAUUUCUCAGUCAAAAUUUUGUCAAGCUGGGCUUUAUAGGAAUCAAACACUAUUUUGGGACAUUUUAGGAAAUGUACUUAUUUGCUUUUUUGCUGAGCGUUAGAUACAGUAAAAAGACGGAGAAGAUUAAAGGAGCUAAUGAAAGUUUUGCUAUUUGUACAUUGCUAACGUUGCUAAUGUUAACAGCUGUUUACUUACCAGUCUAGAAGAAACGUUGUGAGUUCAGCAUCUAACCUCAUUCCUUUACUCAACCAAGAGCUGUCUCCAGAGAUGGAAAGCAACGCCAAUGCCAAUCUCGUCUCUAUCGCGUCUUUUGUUCUAUGCUAACUUGCUAAUUUCAUUAGAACAAAGACUGUAAAAUAAGUGUAUUUCCCCGAACGUGGAACUAAACGUCUGGAUAAUGGUAAUAUUCUUCACUCACGGCCUGCCGUAGCUGCUGAGGGUCGAUGACCUGUGACCACACGAGUGAAACCUCUGAUUGUAAUUUAAACACUGCCACAAUGUGUGUUUGCUAGUAACCUCAACAUGUAGGAUCACUUCAGAGUCGACACAUUUUUGCACAUUAGUGUGUGUUUUUGUCUGAGUAUAGGCAGUUUUAUAUUGCAUGCUUUGUAAUAUGUAUGUGAGCCAAAGAGUCGUUUAUAUUCCUUUGUUAGCACAGCUGUGUAUUACAGUAUGCGUAUUCAUAGUGUGCAUUAUUCAAUGUGCAUUACACAGUAUGUCACAAUGUGCAUUAUUGAGCCUGUGACUUUUGAAUCAUUGUGUGCAUUACCUAGUAGGAUGUAAUGUAGUUGGUCGCGUCAGUAGGCUUUCAUUGAGUCUCAAGAUGAUGACACUGCUUAUAUGAAGUGCACUUUAUCCAAUGACA